AUGGCCAGGCGAAAAUACUGGGACGAGGAGUAUGUCAAGUCUCUUGAAAACCAAGUGCAGGCCCUUUUAGCGUUACAGAGUGCAGAAAAUACCAAGAAUAAGGGCGUAUCCGACAUAUCAGGUUUGGGACUUGAUGAUCUUUCACUCCAGAAAAGCUCUGGUCAAGAUCACGAGUGCAGAGAGAUCCAACAAGAUGACUCCGAAUCCACCCAAUCUCGCAAAGCGAUGGAGGAGCUAAGUGUGAUGAUGUGGAGAACCAACCUUGCAGAUGGAGUGACGAUUGUCCCUGAGCCUGGUAACAACCAAUCAGAAACUACAAGCCUGCCAAAGUCCUGUUAUGCCAUUCCAAAUCACAUUUUGGACUAUGCCAAAGAUCGAAAUCGCAUACGCAGACUUGCAACUCUGUUCUUGGAAAAUAUCAACCGAGAGCAUCAAUUCACUGAAUACGAAACCACUAUAGCGUUCUCAAUUUCCCCUGACCAUCCACUCGAUGUCCUUUUCCUCCACGGGGCCGUAUUAGCCGCCGGUGCUACAUUUGAAAACCAGUCAGACUCCUUGAAGGUUAGCGAUGAUUUUGCGGAACUGAGCGAGAGUCUGGUUUUCACGUGUUUUCGAAAUGCACCAACAAUCAAAAUCAUCCAAGGACUCUGUAUUCUAUCCUGGCGAUCUUUGGCCUUGGGUCAUGAUCAUCUCGGGUGGACGUUUCUGUCGAUGGCUGCUGGAAUGGCAGUUCAUCUGCGUCUUCAUGUCUUGGCACUUGAUGAGAUUGCAACAAACUCCAUUAAGCCGCCACUGGAAACAGUUCAGACGUUUUGGUCGUUUUAUAUGACCGACCGAACAUCUGUCUCGAUCCUUGGACGGAAUUGUAUACUGCCAUGGAGGCGUGUCAAUGUACCAGCUAUUGAAUCCUUCUUCAGAGGCGAAAAAGAUCUGGCUAAGGUCUCAUUUGCUUGGCAAUGCAAACUUUGGUAUAUGCAUGACCAGAAUAUGGAUCGAAUAUUUUCCUCUUCCUUCGAGCAACUCGACUUUGCGGAACAAAUCCAUCUUCUCAUUUUAACGCACAAAGACCUGAGCAAAUUCUUCAAGUCGCUUGAUCAAGCAUUGGAAAUUACCCGCAAAGUUCCUCCAAAACCUGUUCUGCUCUUCCACAUGUCAUACCAAAUGGCUAUUCUGGUCACCAUGCCUCCAUUUCUCCGAGUUUUUGCCACAGUCAAAGCCGCGCAACCAAACACUUCAAAGGCAACGCCACUGGUAUUGCGGUCAAUUACCUCUGCCGCAGCAUCAAUGGUCCGUCUCGUGCAAACCUAUACUAAGAAUUAUGGAUUUGAGCACGCUAAUCCAUUGCUGAUCCAUCAUAUUCUCAGCGCAUCGAUUGUGCAUCUAAUGAAUACCACAACCACAUCACAUACCUUCAGAAGAUACAAUACCCGGUCAGUGCGAACUUGCCUCAAUCUCCUUAGGGAGCUUGGCCGUUACUGGAAGCUACGUUCGAAAAAAAGUCUUGACGUUAUCGAGGCUUUAGCACGAAGGUGGAACGUCGAGUUUGUGCUUUGUGAUAAUGAUUUGAAAGACGACAAUACGAAUAUAAAUCUGGGCGCGAGCCCAGAAAAGGCUGAUCCUUUUGCUCCAAUCUCUCAUCUCAUGCCAGAUUCAGAGAUCAACACAGAGGACGCAGCAUUUAACGUGCGAAACGGGCUUUUCGACGAACCUCCCGAUCUACAUAUUGGCAUGGCAGACGAUUGGCAACGGUUUGAGUGGAGCACAGAGCCGCAACUUGAUUUUUUAUCGAUUUCCUUUCCUGAAGGCGAGAAUGAAGCUUUGGGCCUGUCUCAGAUAUUCCGAUUUGGGAGUAGUGAUGAUCUGUCCUUGGGAUUUACAAGGUAA